AAUUCAAACUCAAAAACCACCAAAAACUCCACUUCACUUCCCCCACGCUCUCACUCCUCCACUCCACUCGUCGAGAAAAAUGGGGAGGCUUCCACUCCUCCUCCUCCUCGCCGCCGCCGCCGUCUCCACCGCCGGCGGCGCGCCGGUGUACCGGGCUGACUACCUGGUGGACGGCAACCAGCUGGUGGACAUGCAGUACCACAUGGGCCCCGUCGUGUCGGGGUCGCCGACGAACCUCUACCUCAUCUGGUACGGCCGGUGGGAGGCCGCGGCGCAGGCGGUGCUCCGAGACUUCCUCGCCUCGCUCUCGGCCCCGGCGGCGCCGUCCCCGGCGGUGUCCGACUGGUGGGCGCGCGCGCCGCGGCUGUACGCGGACCAGACGGGCGCCAACGUGACGGGCGCGUUCGCCGUCGCCGGCGAGCGCUCCGACGCCGGGUACUCGCACGGCGCGUCGCUGCGGCGGAUCGACAUGCAGUCCGUCAUCCGCUCCGCCGUGUACGCCUACCCGGACCCGCUCCCGCUCGACCCCUACAGCGGCGUCUACCUGGUGCUCACCUCGCCGGACGUCCAGGUGGAGGAGUUCUGCCGCGCCGUCUGCGGCUUCCACUACUUCACCUUCGCCUCCGUCGUCGGCGUCACCGUGCCGUACGCGUGGGUCGGGAACAGCGCCACGCAGUGCCCGGGCAAGUGCGCGUACCCGUUCGCCGCGCCGGACUACGGCGGCGGCGCCGGUGGGCAGCAGGUGCUGCGGCCGCCGAACGGCGACGUCGGGGUGGACGGGAUGGUGAUCGUGCUCGGGCACGAGCUGGCGGAGCUGGCGACGAACCCGCUGGUGAACGCGUGGUACGCCGGAGACACGCCCACGGCGCCGACGGAGAUCGCCGACCUCUGCCUCGGCGUGUACGGCGACGGCGGCGGCGCGGGCGGGCUCGUCGGGAACGUGUCGCGCGCCGCCGACGGCGCCUCCUACAACGUCAACGGCGUCAACGGCCGGCGGUUCAUGGUGCAGUGGCUCUGGAACCCCGUCCGCGGCGCGUGCUACGGCCCCAACUCCAGCAGCUGACCGCCGCCGCCAUGGCCGCCGGGAUUCUUGCGAGGAUGGAUCACUCGAUGCCAUUGCGCUCAAUGGCUAGUAGAAACGGAAGACUCCAUGGGCAGAUUCAGAGCUCGACACCUGAAAACGUCGCACCAAUUUGAUCUGAUCCCUUUCUUGAUCAGAGAUUCGGGGUGGGUUUUGUUCAGAUCGGGAGAAAUUCUUUGGGUUCUGAAUUCUGAUCGAUCUGUAGGAGUGAGAAGCAUGCAAUUUUUUUCAUUUCAAUUUAUUUUAUUUGCAGCAUAAAUUAUGAUCGAUUUAGGGGAAUAGAAUUGCAUUAGUAGAAUUCCAGCUUGUUUCAAGCUUCCUCUUGCUUGCUCAAGCACAGUUGCUGCUUUUUUUUUUUCACUCCUCUCUUUUGACUCUGCUUUUUCAUCAUGGUAAUCUCUGCAGUUUGGUCUCCUUGUCUCUCACUCUGUGACGCUGGUAAGCUUUCUGAUAGCAGUUUGGUUGAAUGGCUUUUGUU